CUUUCGCGCCUGCGCACUUGACACGUGCACUUCUUGUACACGUCUGUCGUCCGUGAAAAUCGUAAGGAAGGGUGAGUGUGUGUGUCAGUUCCUUGCCUACGUUCUUAUAUUUAUUUACAAUGAGCGCAUGGAUGCAGUACUUCAAAUCCAUUCCAACGCAUAUGGAUUAUGAUGGUCAAGCCAGAGCAGAGAAAUUGUCGCGGGUUAUAAUAACAUUAUUUGGUGUGGUUGGUUUAAUCUGGGGUUACGUUAUUCAACAAUUCUCACAGACGAUAUACAUUUUGGGUGCUGGUUUUGUUAUGGCGGCAUUAAUUACUGUACCUCCAUGGCCUAUGUAUCGUCGCAAACCAUUAGACUGGCAAAAGUCGCAGUCUGAAGUUACUACCAAACUGAAGAAGAAGAAGUAAAAUAUUUUUGAUAUUUUAAACAAAGUAUUUAAUAUAGCAAUCCAUUGUGCAAUCUUGCUUACAAUAAUGUGCAUUUGAUUGCUGAAAAAUGCGGAUCUAUACAUACCAUUGAGCAUUUGUCUUUAUGCAAUCAUGAGAUGUGAAUGUCUUUAGUAUGUGAAUGGGAGUAAUAUCUGAAUAAGAAUGAAAGACUUUCUUUUUGUAAAAUUUAACAUACACAAAUAUUAUCUAUCUUGUAAUAUUUGUUGGCUGUAUAAAUAUGAAAUCACACGAAUAAAAAUAUACAU